UGUGCUGGGUGUUACACAUGUAUGACGCAAAGCAGAACUCUUCCAAGCUUUAGCAUGGCAGCAGACAAAUUCACUUUUAUACUUCCCUUUUGUGGCAAGGAGAAAUGUUUUGAAAGAGUAUAUUUCAAUAGCAGAAAGCUAAGGGAGGCAUGCAAGCAUUGCAUUGCCCUAUAGAGAUCCGCUAUGGGCCUUGUUAAUUGUUAAGAUGCUUGCCUAUCAACAGCCUCUCAAGAAGGAAUUUUAAAUGGUUUUUGUGACGUCAAGGAGGCCCAAGAGAAACUUGUCUAGUGCCAAGUUAACUCCGUCACUGAAAGGAUGCAGUAAGAAAUAGAUAACACAAAAAUGAAGUCUUUUCACAUAAUGGCUGACCAGUGACUUGCUUCGAGCACCUCUAAUAACCAAAGUAAUUCAUCCUUGGUUCUUUGGUAAGGGAGUGACUAAGGAAGAUGAACUUUCAGUGAAUAAUCUUUUAGUAUGUACCUUUGACAUGGAGGCAACUACAUUUCACUGGUAUUAACUUAUUGUCUGGGCAUGAUGUCUGAGAGUAACUUGGAGCAUGUGGACUGAUUUGGAAAAGUCAUGAGUAGGUUGCAGUCUGCAAGAGGGAAUAAUAUAAGCCUGAUGGACAAAAAAUUGAAUCUUUUGACUGAAAAAGUAGACAAGUUAUUGAAUUUCCAAGAAGAUGUGAAAGGUGAGUUACAAAAGGUUAACCAAAGCAUGGACGACAUAGAAAAAGGCGUUAACAAGCUAAUAGUGCCUCAAGCACCUGCUGAUAAGACAGGGACAGCAAAAAGAGGCCUAAAAUCGGAGGAUAGUGUUCAUCAGACUCAUAUCCGAAGUGUGCGCUCAGAAAUGUUGAUGCUGUUGAAAGCUACACAGCAAGAUGCCUCAAAGCAUAGAGAGAGGCUGGAAAAGAUAGAAAACAAGGUUGACACAGUGGAUAAAGUUAUUGCACUCAUGGGAGAGACACUGAAAAAUUCUAAAGUAGUGGAUUUCAUUCUGAAAGGCAUUGUCCCUGGAAGAAAGGGAGUCUGACUGAAAUCCUCGUGGAGGUGGGUUUUAUUUUAUUGUUCUUGAUCGUUCCCGUGUAAGGGGCAGGGUCCCAGACAUUCUGAUUUAAAUUCUUAUUUGAUGCAUGCACAUACGCAUAUUUAGACUUUCCUGUCUCAAUGCUACCGUUUAUUAAGUUGUUACAAUUCCUUU